AUGGAUCUCGAAUCUUCUUCAUCAAAUAUUGAUAAUCCUUCAAUCACAAACGAUAAUUCAACUGAUUUAAAUGACGAAUCAUCAAAUUCUCAUCUUUCAGCAUCAAAUAUAAUUGGCACACAUCCAAAUGAAAUAAUAACAAGUAUAAAUCCAGACAAUGGUUAUCCUGUUCGACAAGAAAAUGGCCAACGAAAAACUGGUCCACCACCGAAUUGGCCAACAACAUGUCAUCCACCAGGUCGUGGUUGUGAAGUAUUUGUUGGUAAAUUACCACGUGAUUGUUUUGAAUCAGAAUUAUUUCCAUUAUUUGAACGUUGUGGACAAAUCUAUGAAAUGCGUUUAAUGAUGGAUUUUUCUGGUUCAAAUCGUGGUUAUGCAUUUAUAACCUAUACAAAUCGUGAUGAUGCUAAACGUUGUGUUAAAGAAUUAAAUAAUUAUGAAAUACGUUCAAAUCAUUUAAUUGGCGUUUGUCAAUCGGUUGAUAAUUGUCGUUUAUUUGUUGGUGGUAUACCAAAAACAAAGAAACGUGAAGAAAUACUUGAAGAAAUGUGUAAAGUAACUGAAGGUGUUGUUGAUGUAAUUGUUUAUCCAAGUGCAAAUGAUAAAACAAAAAAUCGUGGUUUUGCUUUUGUUGAAUAUGAAAGUCAUCGAUCAGCUGCAAUGGCAAGAAGAAAAUUAUUACCAGGAAAUAUUCAGCUAUGGGGACAACAGAUUGCUGUUGAUUGGGCCGAACCAGAAAAUCAAGUAGAUGAAGAUGUUAUGGCAAAUGUUCGAGUUCUUUAUGUAAGAAAUUUAAUGAUGACUACAACAGAAGAACAAAUAAAAGAAGUUUUCGAACGAUUUAAACCGAAUUCAAUUGAACGUGUAAAAAAAUUAAAAGAUUAUGCAUUUGUGCAUUUUAAACAACGUGAUGAUGCUUUACAUGCAAUGAAUCUUAUGAAUGGUUGUGAAUUGGAUGGGUCCAUUGUUGAAGUUACGUUAGCAAAACCAGUUGAUAAAAAUCAAUAUUUUAGAUUUACACGUGGUGUUAGUCCAUCAGGAUUAACAACAAAUAUACCAUUCGCAAUACCAGGAACUCUUGGUCCAGCUACUGCAUUUGAUUUCACUUCUAUUCCAUAUUUAACAAUUCCUACAACAAAUACAGGACAAAUAUCAAUGACUAAUGGUACUACAAUGAUUCCUGUAGCUGUUAAUCCUCUUCAACAAAAAAAUGUUCGUAGGUGUGUAAAUGCUACUGGUCGUUUAGCCACAAAUGGAAAUACAAGUCCACCAUCAUUAAAUCGAAAUACUCCAACAGGUGUUCUUUCAUCAUCAUCUCGUCCAAGUCAACCAUCACCAAAUAUAGUUCAUCAUCGUGGUGCUUAUUAUACAAUUCUUCGUCCGACAUCACGUCGAACUGAUGAAAAAUGUCUCGAAGAUCUCUAUAAAGAGACUUACGAUGCGCUGUACAGCUCAGCUGCUAAUACCACCGCUCCAUCGAUAAUGAUGAUCGAUCCCAAUCAGCCUCAGUUUGUUUUACCAGAACAACAAACCCAUCAGCAUCAGCAGACAGAAGAGAUUCAAUUUGCUCCUGCAGCAUAUGGUUUUCCUCCUGGAACACCUCUAUUUCAACCAACUGCAAUAUUUCCUCAUCAACUUCUAGCUGGACAUCCAUCUGGUGCUCAACCAUUUCCUCAACAAUCAUUAGUCUUUGCAACAACUGAUACAAAUGGACAAACUCAACAAUUUUUUCAUGCUCAUCCUCAACCAAAUUUUGCUUUUCCAUUUUUUCUAACUCCACAAUUAGCAACAUCACAAAAUCCAACAUCUAACAAUACUGAAACACAAGUUUUCAGUUAUACAACACCAACAGUAACAGCUACGAAUACGGAUACUAAUACUUAUUCGGCUUAA